AUGCUGCCGCUGCCGCCGCUCGCCCCCCUGCUCCUGCUCUGCCUGCGCCUCCUCCGCGCCGAACCGCUCGCCUACCCCGCCGUGAUUUCCCCCCAAGACCCCACCCUGCUGAUCGGCUCCUCGCUGGUCGCCACGUGCACGGUCAGCCCGGACUUUCACCUGAAAGCCGAGGACCUGUACUGGACCCUGAACGGCCGGCGCCUGCCCGCCGCCUCCUACGCCGCCCUCGGCCCCACCACGCUCAGCGUGGCCCUCGCCCGCCUCAACGGCUCCAAGCAGCAGUCGGGGGACAACCUGGUGUGUCACAGCAGAGACGGCGGCAUCUUGGCCGGCUCCUGCCUUUACGUUGGACUACCCCCAGAAAAACCAGUCAACAUCACCUGCUGGUCCAAAAACAUGAAGGACCUCACCUGCAAAUGGGCGCCGGGGACGGAAGGGGAGACCUUCCUGCACACCAACUACACCCUCAAGUACAAGCUCAGGUGGUACGGCCGAGACAACACGUGCCAGGAGUACCACACGGCCGGGCCCUACUCCUGCCACAUCCCCAAGGAUCUGGCCCUCUUCACGCCCUACGAGAUCUGGGUGGAGGCGUCCAACCGGCUGGGGGUGGCCGUCUCUGACGUCGUCAUGUUGGACAUCCUCGACGUGGUCACCACCGACCCGCCGUCGGACGUGCACGUCAGCCGGGUGGGGGACCUGGAGGACCAGCUGAGCGUGCGCUGGAGCUCCCCGCCGGCGCUCAAGGAUUUCCUCUUCCAAGCCAAGUACCAGAUCCAGUACCGGGUGGAGGACAGCUCGGAGUGGAAGGUGGUGGACGAUGUGGGCAACCAAACAUCCUGCCGCCUGGCCGGCCUCCGCCCCGGCACCGUCUACUUCGUCCAGGUGCGCUGUAAUCCCUUCGGCAUCUACGGCUCCAAAAAAGCCGGCAUCUGGAGCGACUGGAGCAACCCCACCGCCGCCUCCACCCCACGCAGCGAGCGAGCGGCGGGGGGCUGCGACCCCAAAGGGGGGGAGCAAAACACGACGCUGCGGCGGGAGCUGAAGCAGUUUUUCGGGUGGGUGAAGAAACACGCCUACGGCUGCUCCAACCUCGGCAUCAAGCUCUACGACCAGUGGCGCGUGUGGCUGCAGAAAUCGCACAAAACACGCAACCAGGUAGGUAAGGAGUUCUUCCCGGCGAUAAGUUGUAGCCCCCGGGGGACCGAGCGCCGGCAGGAUGACACGGGGCGCCCGGCGCCCACCCGGGACCACCCGCGCCUGCCCCGGCCCCGCCGGGGGGGAGCAGGAAGGCGGCCGGGGCGAAGCGGCCAGGGGGUGGGAUGGGGUGAGGCAGGGGGGGCGGGCUGGGCCAGCCCCGGGAGCCCCUCACGUGCCACUGGCCCCGUGGGACUGCGGCCCCCCAGCACGCCGCUCGCAGCCCAGGGCAGCGAGGGGACCCCCCAGCCUCGCCCCGCAGGGGUGGGGCGCGGAGGCUUGCUCCUUACCCGCCAGCCGGAGCAGCCUUUGGGAUGA